ACAUUUCCCAGAGAUCCCCGGGCUCCUGUCCACCAUGUGGCAGACGUUGGGCAACGGCCAACACUCUGUCUCCACGGCAACAGGCAGGGGCGACGAUUACCCCCCCUACUCGCAGCAGCACGCACCGCCCAAUCAGGAUGCAGGAUUCAGCCCGCAGGUGGACCAGCUGUCCUGGGGGGUGGAGGAGGAGGGCCCCCCCCUGGGGAGCCACAUGGGGGAGGAGGCUCCUCUCUGCAGACAGACCGAUAUGGAGGAGCUGAGGAGGAGCUGCUCAGAGAGCCAGUGCACCGCCUCCCACCUGGACGGACAGGUGAGGCAGGUAGAGGUGUACCCAGGCUCUGGAGUCCUCUGUGACAUCAGCUCCUGGCAGGCAGCCAAUCAGGCGGUGUCUCCCACGGCGAUGGCCCGCAUGCUGCUGAUGGGGGUGUUUGAUAUGAACACCUUGAUGAACAGCAACCUGCGGGGGGGGCGGAGCCGGCGACCCGCCUCACACUCACAGCGCCGAGCAUUGGACCCACACCGGAUCAACGCCAUCUUCAGUACGUACCCCUCACCUGUCUCUCUCUCUCUCCCACACCUGUCUCUCUCCCUCUCUCCCACACCUGUCCCUCUCUUUCACCCCUCUCUCUGCCCCCCCCUCACCU